AUGGGCUUUAGUUACUUGUUUGUGGCAGAGAAAGACUGGCGGUUUAGUGAUUUGGACUUGUAUUUCUUUCUACAGAGGUGUCAGUUUCGAGCCAUCACUUUCUUCUUCCUUACCUGCAAAGCCGCUGUCAUAGGAUGCAUCUAUGUACGGUCGGAACAAUUUGCGUGUUUACAACAUGGUUCAGCUAUGGAUCGGUGUCUUAACGCUGUGAAAUGCCUGCAGGAUAAAGCCACGGCUGGAAAACAAGGACUGUGUGGUGCUGAUAGAGUGAAGAAGAGAGUGAUGAAGCAGAAUAGUAGGAUAUUAUUGAGAAUCAAGACCAAGAAUUACAAGUGCAGAUCACGAUCAGGAACAAGCUCAUCACGCUUAGUUCUAUACAAUUGUGAUUUCUGGAUAAGCGGUAGCAACUAUUAUUAUUACUUCUUCUUCUUUACUCUUUAGGUUCUCCCUUCUCUCGAGCUGAAGCUUUACCUUCUUCUCUUCUCUUGUCCGUGAUAGGGCUGAUAAGUAGUGGAUAAUUCUUUUGUUGGAUGCAACAGGGACUGAGUCAAACUUACUUGGAAUUUGGCUGGAAGCAUAAGCACUCAGGUCGUCAUAAUUUGGCAGUAAGAGGUCUAAGUACUUUUGCUUCUUCCCUCUUUUGCUUCACUCUUGAUCUUCGAAGAAACAAUUAGUAAACAAGAAUAUAACAGGCCAGUGUAAGAGAUGUUACGCUCUUGUCUUGAACCAAUAUUGGGACGUGAAACACCAUAAGCCUUGAAAAACUUGAUCUUUCUGUUUCUCACAAGUUGUUGAAUCACCAAAAACGUUAUGCAACAUCCACCCAUGAGAGAACCCACGUGGCUGUAACUCUUUCCUGUUGUCUGAAACUAUGAUUGUAAAACCCCAAUUUCAUACGCAGAAUGUAGUUGUGAAUAAGCCAGAGUC